AUGGGGCUAAGAGCAAGUUCUUCUUCGACCAUCAGCUGUGCCCGACCUGUUGAGAACAUUACUGGAUUUCUGAGCCACCCAGGAGACAUUAUUAUAGGUGGGACUUUUAUGGUCCAUUUUGAUAGAGUCUCCAGUGGCCUUGAUUUCAAAAGCCAACCCCAAGAGCUACAUUGUGGAAUGUUUAUUAUUGAGUACUUCCAGAACAUGCAUGCCUUAAUUUUCGCUGUCGAGGAGAUUAACUCAAACCCUGAACUCCUUCCCAAUAUUACACUAGGGUAUCAGGUUUUUGACACUUGUUUUACAUCAAGAGAAGCUGCCAAAGGAACUCUCUUAAUGCUGUCGGGAGGAAAUGACAUCAUCCCAAAUUAUCGUUGUCGCACAGGGGCACGUCUUGCUGGUAUCAUUGGUGACUCUUGGUCUACAGGAUCGAUCAUAAUGGCCCAAAUCUUGGGACUGUUCCGAUACCCACAGAUAAGUUAUUUUGCAACCAGUCCUGUUCUAAAUGACCGUGACUUGUUUCCUUCCUUUUUUCGAACUAUAUCCAAUGAUGAAUAUCAAAUGAGAGGUCUGGCACAGUUGAUAUUUCAUUUUGGUUGGACUUGGGUUGGUCUUCUGGCAGAUGAUGAUGAUUAUGGUCAGCAUGGGCUUCAGAUGGUAAAGAAGGAGUUAAUCAAUGGUGGAACUUGUGUGGCCUUCACUGAAUAUAUCCUGACUGGUCAAGCCGACAGAGAUGCUCCUCGUCUCGUUCAAAUUCUUAGAAAGUCAACUGCUCUGGUUGUGAUUGUAAUAUCCUCUAAUUUUGUGGUGGUUGUAGAAGAGCUGUUAAAGCAAAAUGUGACUGGUUAUAUCUAUAUAGCCACUGAAGCAUGGGCAACCUUAGAUCUACUUUCCACACAGAGAUACCAAGGAAUAUUAACGGGAACUAUUGGUCUUGCCGUCCACAAUGGGCUGAUGCCAAACUUCUCCAAAUAUCUUAGGAACCUUCACCCAUCAAAAUAUCUUCAUGAUCAAUUCAUAUUGGAUUUUUGGGAGCAAGCCUUUGCAUGCAAAUGGCUCAGUGAUGAAAAUUCAAUGUGGACGGACAAUGUCACAAUUAAAGCAUGUACGGAAAAUGAAAACCUACAGAGCCUGUUAAUUGAAGAUUAUCAGAGAGCCUCUCUCAAUGUUCACACAGCUGUGUAUGCUAUUGCAUGGGCUCUACACAGUAUGUCAAAUUGUAAACCUGGCACUGGGCCAUUCUCUGGUGGCUCUUGUGCCAACAUCUCUUCAUUUCAAGCUUGGCAGCUUCUACACUAUAUUAAAAAUGUGAACUUCAGGACAAAAGAUGGGAGCCAAGUAUUUUUUGAUGCAAAAGGGAACCCUCCAGCCAUCUACGAUGUGGUGAAUUGGCAUCUGGGUGUCAAGGGUACAGCAGAGCACAUUACAGUCGGGACUUAUGACCUGAGUGCCCCUGAUGGAAAAAUCUUGAAUGUGGAUAGCAAGAAAUUUGUAUGGAUCAAUGGAGACACCCAGGUUCCUGUUUCAAAGUGCAGUCCAAACUGUUCUCCAGGAUUUAGGAAGGUGAUUAUAACAGGAAAACCCCCUUGCUGCUAUGAGUGUGCCCGGUGUCCCCAGGGACAGAUUUCAAACCAAACAGAUGCUGUGGAAUGUCAUCCAUGUUCCUGGGACUCAUGGCCCAAUCUACAACAGGACAGAUGUUUAUCAAGAACUACAGAGUUCCUUUCCUAUGAAGAUCCAUUAGGUCUCUCUUUAACAUGCACAACCAUCUUCUCUUCACUCAUCCCACUUGUUAUUUUAAGAGUUUUUACCUGGUUUAAAAAGACACCAAUUGUCAAAGCCAACAACUUUUCCCUUAGUUGCCUUCUCCUGCUCUCCCUGUUUCUCUGUUUCCUUUGCUCUUUAGGGUUCAUUGGUUACCCACAACCUGAAAAGUGUCUUCUACGCCAGGUGGCAUUUGGGAUGGUUUUUGCUCUUUGUAUCUCCUGUGUUCUGGCCAAAACUCUCACAGUUGUCAUUGCCUUUAAUGCAACCAAACCAGGCAGCAGGUUACGGAAGUGGACAGGAGUAAAGGUGUCCUACCCUCUAAUUCUCAUAUGUGCUUUGAUUCAGUUAUUUGUGUGUGUGAUGUGGCUGUUCAUCAUCCCUCCGUUCCCUGAAAUUGACACUGACACCAAACCAGGAGUCAUUAUAGUUAAUUGCAAUGAAGGAUCUCCAACUGCUUUCUGGUGCAUGCUGGGAUAUCUUGGCCUCUUGGCCACCAUCAGUUUCAUCGUUGCCUUCUUGGCCAGACGUCUCCCUGACAGUUUCAAUGAAGCAAAAUUUAUCACAUUCAGUAUGUUGGCUUUCCUCAGUGUCUGGGUGUCCUUUAUCCCAGCCUAUCUCAGUGCACGGGGCAUGUAUACUGUGGCAAUGGAGGUCUUUGCCAUUCUGUCUUCCACUUGGGCUGUGGUGGGCUGCAUCUUUGUGCCCAAAUGUUACAUUAUAUUGUUCAGACCCAACAUGAACACCAGGGUACAUCUUCUGGGGAAAAGCAGAGGUCAAAAAUAA